AUGACAAUCCAAUUUUUUGUUUGGCUCUCUUCUUUAAGAAUUCAAUUUAUUUAUUUUGCAAUUGUAAUUAGUCUUCCUUCAUUAAUUCUUUAUUUAAUUGAAAUAAUUACAAUUAUUGGAAAUAAAGAGUUUCACAAUCCUUUUUACAAACUUUUUUUAAUUCGUUCCGUUCCGAAUAUUCUCUACACACUCGACUCUUAUUAUUGUUAUCGCCUAACAGUUCUUUUCGGUAAUUGGCUAUAUCCUUUUUACGAUUCAUUGCCAAAUUGGAUGUUACGUCUUUCUUUCUUCCUUACAUAUUCUACAACUUUAGCUGAUUUUUUGGCGACUUCUUUAAUUCUUGUAAAUCGUUGGACUGCAAUUACUAUGGCUAUUAGUUAUAAAAGGGUUUGGAGUAAACUCAUUUUACCUUCUGCAUUGAUAGUGUUUGGAAUUCCAACUUUAUUGUAUAUACCAAUACUCACUGUAAAUUGUUACCUUCAGAAUGAUACAAGUUCUGGAGGUUUUUACAUAAAUCAGGAUAAAGUUACUUUUUAUCAAGGAUUCCCUUUAAAUGUUUUUCUCUGCGUCAGCUUUUUGGUUGUUUGUAUUCUUCUAAAUAUUGCAACUUUAAUUUCUUAUCGAAAACAUUGCAAGAAGGAUAAAAGAAAUAAGAGUAAUCAACAAAUACAUCAUGAAAAGACUGAAUAUAAAUUAAUGGUUUAUGCUAUUGCUACUUUUAUUGGGCAUUUAAUUAUUGUCUUAGAACAACUAUCAACAACAAUAUUUAAACAACCUGAAUAUGCUGCUGCUGUAAUAACUCAAUAUCCUUGGACAAUGGAUUUUGGUUCUGUUGUUUUGCCUAGCUGGUUAUUGUUUUGGGCUAGUGAUAAUUUUAGAAAAUUUAUUUUUAAAAAAUUUUGCCCAAAAUUUUUACAAAAUUUUAGUAUUACAAUUAAAUUUAACGCUGUGCAACAAGCAACAAUGGUUAAACCUGUUAAUAAUGUGCAUAAUACAAAAACUUAG